UCGGUGGGGGAGAAAAGUAUACAACGCCCGCCGCAAGAAAAGCUCGGAGCCCACCGUCCCCCGAUCCCGACCGCGACCCUCCAAUGCUCCGCAGCACGCGGCCAUGGCGUUCCUCAAAACCCUGAACCCUCUCCUCCGCAGAAGCCCCACCCCGAUCCCGAACCCCCGCUCCCUCCUUUCCCUCGACGCCUUCCUCGCCGCCUCCUCCCCCACCGCCGCCUCCCACGCCACCGCGCCCGCGCCCUUCGCCGCCGCGGCGCACCACCACGUCCCCAUCCGCUCGGGGGGCCCGCUGUUCCUCUCCUCGCCGCCAUGGAUGCUCUCCCAGUCCGCCACGCCGCUCACCGCCGCGGCCGCCGCUCUCCGCGCCAGGCUCCGGAGGGCCCGCGCGCUCGCCGGCGGCGGCGCCCAGGCUGUCGCGGACGCCGUAGGGUGGGAGCCCAGGCGGAUCUCCAGAGAUGAGAGCGAGGUGGCGGAGGCGGUGACGGGUGGAAGGGAGAGGUUCCUGAAUCUGCCCAAUCUGGUGUCGAUUGGACGCAUGGCGUCGGGGCCGGUUAUUGGAUGGAUGAUUGUGAAUGAAUGGUAUCUUCCUGCUUUUGGCACAUUGGCUUUGUCUGGUGCAAGUGAUUGGUUAGAUGGCUUUUUAGCGAGAAAGAUGGGCAUCAAUUCUGUGUUUGGAUCUUAUCUGGACCCAUUAGCUGAUAAGGUGUUGAUUGGCUGUGUUGCCAUAGCAAUGGUUGAAAAAGACCUCUUACAUCCUGGGCUUGUUGGCUUGGUUGUUGUAAGAGACUUGCUCCUUGUGGGUGGUGCUGUCUACAAACGAGCUUCCAGUCUGGGAUGGAAGUGGAACAGUUGGUCAGACUUUGUUAACUUAGAUGCAAUUCACCGUGAGAAGGUCAAACCUCUUUUUAUCAGCAAGGUGAACACAGUUUUCCAAUUGAUGUUGGUUGCUGCUGCUCUCCUCCAGCCAGAAUUUGGCACAGAGGAGACUCAGAAUUAUAUUACAGUGUUGAGCUGGCUUGUAGCUUCUACAACAAUUGCAUCCACAGUAGGUUAUGGUAUCAAAUAUCGUCAGAUUAGACCAAGAAGAUGACGGCUGUUGCGUGUGUUUGUUUCAUCGCUGAUGAGAACAUCACGUCUUUGUUGUUGUUUGUCAAGCAUUUGGAGCAAGACACUGAAGGAAGAGGCCAGACUUCUGAAUGAAUCAGCUGAUGCUUUAUAUGUUAGGCCUAGGAACACUAGUUAGAUUUGGAAGUUUUUUUUCAUAAUAUCACUGUUUUUUUGGCUAAGAGCUCAGAUCGGAUACUAGAGGGCGAUGUAGCAGAACUUUGUCUAUAGUUUCGUCCAUAUCGGCUCUGAUGUCGGGUGUUCAACUGUACAUAUCUGUUUUGUAGUACUGUUUUAUAGAGAGAAUCACGACUGGUGGAAGCUGGCUGGUUGAUCGGUGUUUGUCUUGCCCAUGCCUCUCUCUGGAUGGCUUGGUUUCAUAAUUUGGUGUUUUAUAGAGAGAAAAGACAUCUGCAGAUGGUUUCAUAGUAAUUUUCAGGGCAUUAUGGUUAUUUUACGGCCUGCAGACCGCGACUGGAAAUGUAUUCCCGUAUUUCACGGCACUUAAAUUAGUGGAAGUACCAAACGUAUGGAUUUAAAAGGUAUUCUUAAUGUAUACUGUUACUCCA